UUACUCUACCCUUCAUUCAUUCCGAGGGCCCUCUUCUGCUUGGAUCAGACGACCAAGCCGAGAAGCUGGUGCUUGGUUCUCGUUACGGGAAAAUGGUUUGAGAGACUCAGCAUGACGAUCAUCUUAUUAAACUGCCUCACUCUCGGAAUGUAUGAGCCCUGCAUUGACAGACCAGUGUGCACAACGACAAAGUGCCACGUCCUUCAGUACUUCGAUCACUUCAUCUACGCUUUCUUCAUCUUCGAGAUCAGCGUGAAGAUCAUCGCCAUGGGUUUCAUAGGAAAGAACACUUACAUGGCCGAGGCGUGGAAUGUUCUAGAUUUCCUCAUCAUCAUCGCCGGGACCACAGAAUACAUGGUGGAUGACAGUAAGUGGAGUAUGUCUGCCAUAAGAACCUUUAGAGUGUUGAGACCUCUGCGAGCUAUCAACAGAAUACCAAGUAUGCGAAUCUUAGUGAUGUUGCUGCUAGACACGAUGCCUAUGUUGGGCAAUGUUUUGCUGCUCUGCUUCUUUGUCUUCUUCAUCUUUGGCAUCGUCGGAGUCCAGUUGUGGUCAGGCCUGCUCAGGAACAGAUGUUUCCUCAACCUACCUCCUAACGUGUCAACUGGAGAGUUAGUGUCAUUCCUCCUCCUUCCGGAUCCGUACUCUGGACCCAACGAGGAAGAUUUCAUCUGCAGCAAACCUUCAGACGAAGGAAUGACCAAAUGCUCGGAAAUUCCAAACUUUGUCUUUGAAGGCAUAACGUGCAACGAAACGGCCGUACCCAAUUACAAUUUAACUCUUCUGCCAAACGGUUUCUGCGUUAACUGGAACCAGUACUACUCGAGUUGCAAGACCGGUCUGAGCAACCCAUUCAAGGGCUCAAUCUCCUUCGACAAUAUCGGAUUGGCCUGGGUUGCCAUCUUUCAGGUCAUCAGUUUGGAAGGCUGGGUGGACAUAAUGUAUUACAUACAAGAUGCUCAUUCGUUUUGGGACUGGAUGUACUUUGUGGCACUCAUUGUCAUUGGUGCAUUUUUUAUGAUCAACCUCUGCCUGGUCGUCAUAGCAACACAAUUUGCAGAGACGAAAAAGAGGGAGACAGAGAAGAUGAUCCAAGAAAGGAUGUACCAGAGGUCGAGUAACAGUAGUAGCAGCUUAGAUGCAAGUGAUGGAGAGCCAGUUGGAUGCUAUUUGCAGUUAAUAAGGUGCAUUGCACAUUCCUUGCGCAAAAAUUAUCGCAAGACAAGAAAAUAUCUGACGCUGAAACCCGAAGAACGAUGUGUCAAGUUAGAAGCACUCCCGACACGAAAGCUAUCUAUAAAAUCUCCAGCAUUUUUAAUAGUACCUGCAGUGAAACCAAGAUCGCCGAGUUUCCAGCAAUACUCAUUGGCACGAUUUUCAUCAGCAUCUGGUCAGACUCCUUUACAACGAAGCUCUCCAAAACAUUCCCUUCCACAAUCCAGAAUCUAUCAACAAAAUCGUUCACCACAGUUCUCAGCAACUUACAACCCUAGACAGUCUCACGCUAGAAGGAUGACUGAAGUAUUAAAAAAUUCAGAAAACGAGAUGGCAAAGGAUGUGGCACAUCUGCGGCGAGGUUGUUGUUUUUUUAAAAUAAGAAAACUGCUUCAGCGAUUUGUAGACAGCAAGUACUUCCAACGGGGCAUUUUGCUGGCAAUCCUCAUCAACUCCAUCAGCAUGGGCAUAGAACACGAUAAACAGCACAAAUAUUUUACAUCUGUCCUCGAGAAUUUCAACAUAUUCUUCGCGACGUUGUUUGGAGUUGAAAUGAUCCUGAAGCUGCUGGCACACGGCGUGUGUGACUACCUGCAAGAUGGCUUCAACGCAUUUGAUGGCUUCAUCGUCAUUGUCAGUGUGAUGGAAUUAUUUUAUCGGACCGAAACUGCGGGCUUGUCAGUUUUGAGGACGUUCAGACUGCUUCGAAUACUUAAACUGGUGCGCUUCCUGCCGGCUCUCCGAUACCAACUUCUGAUUAUGUUGAAAACCAUGGACAACGUCGCUACUUUCUUUGCUCUACUCUGCCUUUUCAUUUUCAUUUUCAGCAUAUUAGGUAUGAAUAUUUUUGGAUGUAAGUUGUGCUCAGAAAAAUCAAUACGAAUAUCGAAACAUAGCUGUGGAAGAAAAAAUUUUGACAGUCUUCUCUGGGCAGUUGUUACUGUUUUUCAGAUUCUAACGCAAGAGGACUGGAACGAAGUGCUGUACACAGGGAUGUCGAUGACGUCAGCCUGGGCCUCCCUCUACUUCAUCGCCCUCAUGACGUUUGGCAACUACGUCCUCUUCAAUCUCCUGGUGGCCAUUUUGGUCGAAGGCUUCUCGGCGGAGGGAGAAGAAAGAAUGAAAGAAGAUUCGAUGAUCAAAGCUGCCUUGAAAGAUAUGAAGAAAAAAUCGAAAAAAAAGAGAGAAAUUGAAAUAGAGAAUGCUUUCAAUUUGAACGUGGAUGAUGCAAGCGGCAACAGUGCCAGUGGUAGUGGCGUCCUCAAAGUGGAUAACUAUCUGCAGGAUGACCCGUCAAUUGAACUCUCUUCUGCUCGAGUGCACUUUACGCCACAAAAUCUUCAAACGAAGUUACAAAACAACCAACAACUGCAACAAAUUCUACUGCAACAAAUACAAAUUAUUGCACCACGAAAGAAUGAAAUCAAACAGCGAGAUCAAAACUUGGAACAGACAUCUUCUUUGAAAUCGCUGCAACAUAAUGGCAUUGAAAAUCUAUCGCAGAUCAAAACUCAUUUGCAGGAUUAUCAGAAUGCACCCCAACCACCAAAUAACAACACACAACAGCUUCAACAACAAUAUCAACAAAUCAAACUGCUUCUUCCACAGCAAAAACAGCAACAACCACAUCAACAAUUUUCUAAAAUAUGUCAACAAUCACAACAGCAGCAAUUCAAACAACAAUCUUUUAAUGAGUCACAACUAUCUGAGUACGCUUUCUAUCUCUUACCGCCAUCUAACAAGUUCCGACAGUUUUGCUUGUGGUUCAUAUCCCAACAAUGGUUUGAUUACUGCAUCCUGUUAUGCAUUGCAUUCAACUGCAUCACACUGGCCAUGGAGAGACCGGACAUUCCACCAGACUCCAUAGAACGACUUUUCUUGACUACCUCAAAUUAUGUUUUCACAGUAAUUUUUGCGUUUGAAAUGCUUGUAAAGGUAAGUGCGAAGGGAAUGCUCUUCCAUGAGCACGCAUAUCUGAAAAGUGGUUGGAAUAUAAUGGAUGGCUCACUGGUUUUUAUAUCGCUGGUUGAUAUCGUCGUUUCCCUAAUAGCUUCAACUUCUACACGAAUAUUUGGCAUUCUGAGAGUUUUCCGACUACUGCGAGCGCUGAAACCACUAAGAGUGAUAAGUCGUGCCCCAGGAUUGAAGCUUGUGGUCUCAACACUCCUCUCUUCUUUGAGACCAAUUGGAAAUAUCGUCUUAAUCUGCUGCACGUUUUUUAUCAUAUUUGGCAUAUUGGGUGUUCAACUGUUUAAAGGUACAUUUUACUACUGCGAUGGUCCGAAUGUGAGUUCAGUGAAGAACAAAACCGACUGUACGAACAUGGGUCCUCCCUACAGGUGGAUCAACAGGAAAUAUAACUUUGAUAAUCUUGGACAGGCACUCAUGUCGUUGUUCGUGCUGGCUUCGAGGGACGGGUGGGUGAACAUCAUGUACACGGGGCUCGAUGCCGUCGGGGUCGAUCAGCAGCCUCAAGUCAAUUACAACGAAUGGCGCCUCUUGUACUUCAUCUCGUUCCUUCUGCUGGUCGGAUUUUUUGUGUUGAACAUGUUUGUUGGAGUUGUGGUUGAAAAUUUCCACAAGUGCCGAGAAACUCAAGAAAAGGAAGAAAAGUCAAGGAGGGCUGAUUUGUACACGCUGAAAAUGAUUAAAAAACGAAAACGUGAGACAAAAAUAUUAUUUGAUUCAAGCCCAGCUUACUGGUGUAGAUAUUCAAAGUCUCGCAUGAUGCUGCACGCUUUCAUCAACAGCAAGUACUUCGACCUGGUCAGUGCCGGUGUCAUCGGCCUCAACGUUAUCAUGAUGGCGCUAGAAUACUACCUCAUGCCCGAUGAAUUGACAUUAAUUCUGAAAUGCUUCAACUACUUCUUCACAUCUGUAUUCAUGAUAGAAGCGCUGGCCAAACUGAUCAGUCUCGGAGGUGUCAGAUACUUGAAGGAUAGAUGGAACCAACUGGAUGUUGUCAUCGUCAUUUUGUCAGUUGCCGGAAUUAUUUUGGAUGAGGUCGAGUUCGAAUUUUUCAAAUUCAAUCCAACAAUAAUGAGAGUAAUCAGAGUCCUAAGAAUUGCGAGAGUUCUGAAAUUGUUAAAAAUGGCAAAAGCCGUUCGAGCAUUAUUGGACACCGUCAUGCAAGCUUUACCAGAAGUUGGAAAUCUUGGGCUCCUUUUCUUUCUUCUUUUUUUCAUCUUUGCCGCUCUUGGAGUAGAACUCUUCGGAAGAGUUGAAUGUUCGGUAGCGCACCCAUGCGAAGGUCUUAACAAGCACGCUCAUUUUAGAAACUUCGGAAUGGCUUUUUUGACAUUGUUCAGAGUAGCUACUGGAGAUAAUUGGAAUGGAAUCAUGAAAGACGCGUUGAAAGAUGAUUGUGACGGCGGCUACGAUUGCGUGCAGAACUGCUGCGUGUCCAACGUCAUCGCGCCAAUGUUCUUCGUCAUAUUCGUCCUUAUGGCUCAAUUUGUGCUGGUCAACGUGGUGGUUGCUGUCCUCAUGAAGCAUUUGGAG